AUGGCGGUCGGGGCGGCGUUGUUGGCCAACCAGUUUAGCUCCCUCGUGGUCUUUCCCUUUUUGGCCUUUAUGACCGCCGACUUUUUUCCAGACCUGCACGCGACGCAGCUCGGCCGCUACGCCGGGUUUCUCGGCGGGGCCUUUCAUAUGGGUGCUCUCUCUGGCAGUGUCCUCUGGGGCGCCGCAUCUGACCGCUAUGGCCGCCGCCCGAUGAUGCUUCUCGGAAUUUGCGGCACCUUUGUCACCAUCCUUCUCUUUGGUCUUAGCAAGUCCUUCUACAUGGCUGUGGCCAUGCGCUUCUGCUGGGGCUUUCUCAACGGCAAUGUCGGUAUCGCCAAGGCCUACCUCAGCGAAGUCUGUGAUGAGAGCAACCAAGCCCGCGGCUACUCCGUCAUCGGGCUCUGUGCCGGCAUCGGACGUCUCCUGGGGCCGGGCGUUGGGGCCUUCUUCAGCCGCCCGGCCGAAACCCUUCCCAUGUUUGAUACACCCUUCUGGCGCCACUAUCCCUACUUCUUGCCCUGCUGUAUCGGUGCCUUGAUGUGUGCCGUAUCCUUUGCCUUGGCCUAUAUCUAUCUGGAAGAAACGGUGCGACCCAAGCCCGAAGCCAGCAAGCCGUUGCUAAACAAUAAUGAUGAUGUGGACACGAAGAAAACGCGGCGCGGCAUGCUCGAGCUGAUCACGGAUCGUUACGCCGGCCCUGCUACCCUGCUCUACGGUCUCCUGGCUUUUGCCAACAUUGCUGCUCAGGAGCUUUUUCCGCUGUGGUCCCUUACACCACCAGAGGACGGUGGCCUCGCUUUUUCCCUGCAGCAAAUUGGCACAGUCAUCCUUUGCGCUGCCCCAGCACAAAUCAUGGCCCAGCUUAUGGUCUUUCCCCCCCUCUCCAAACGCUUCGGCUACCGCCGUCUCUACGGGAUCAUGACCAUCAUUAUCGCCUCUGUCUGCCUUUUGGUGCCUCAAAUUCAUGCCCUCAUGCCCCACGACAGUGUUGUUCACACUGUCUGGUCUGAAUCCACGCCAGCCCCCAACGCGACCAUUCAUGACAGCGAGCCAUCCAAUGGUUUAGCGGCCAAUGGCGCCGGAAACCCGGCCAUUCAGAUUGUUAUGGUGGCCAUCUUGGCCUUUGGUACCGUGCAAACCUGCUCCACCCUGGCCUUUACUGCCACCUUUGCCCUGGUCAACAACACGGUGGCUCGCAAGGACCGAGGCCUACAAAACGGCAUUGGUCAAACCUACGCAUCACUCGCCCGCAGCCUCGGCCCCGUGGCUGCGGGAGCCAUUUAUGCCUGGACGGCCAGCAGUGGUCUGGGCUGGCCCCUCAACUACUCCUUCUGCUGGUACAUGAUCUCCAUCAUGUGCGUUAGCUGUCACCUCGUCAGCCGCCGGCUGCCUAAAAAGGUCGACACCAAGCUCUACGACGACUAA